AUGACUACCUUUCAAGAUAUUAUUAAAACUCUGGUCCUUAAGUCAGAUGAAUUUACCGCGGUUCACGCGCGAAUCGCGUUAGAUGCGAUAAUGAAACGACAAGCGACAUCAGCUCAGGUUGCUGCUUUUUUGGUCGCUUUGAAGUUAAACAAUAAAGAGUAUGUUCCGGAGAUAAUAGCAGCUUGUUCUGAAUCCUUACAUAACUUUGCCUUGGAAAUAGACUUUUCAUUGUAUAAUGGUUUACAUGAUUCUCUCAUUGAUGUGGUUGGAACUGGUGGCGAUGGAAUGGAUACUUUUAACGUUUCAACCACUGCAGCAAUAGUCAUUGCCGGUGCUGGAUGCAAAGUAGCUAAAUUUGGUAACAGAGCUGCUUCAUCACGAUGUGGAUCUGCGGAUAUUCUUGAAAAAAUCGGAUGCAAACUCACUAACGUAACACCUUCAAACGUUCCACACAUAAUUAACUCUACGAAUUUUUGUUUUCUUUUCGCGCAAACUUUUAAUCCUGCCGUAAAGCAUGUAGCGGACACGCGACGCGAGAUUGGUAUACCAACCAUAUUCAAUUUAUUAGGACCUUUGAGUAAUCCAGCAAGGCCUAAACGGGUUGUAAUGGGUAUACAUUCAAAGUUUUUAGGAAAACUGAUGGCUGAUGUGUUGGCAUUAAAGGGAGUUAAGGAAGCUAUGGUAGUUCAUGGUGAUAUUGGAUUAGACGAAAUCAAAGAAUACGUCGUCACACCAUCCGAUUUUGGAUUGCCUAGUCAUCCAAUAAGUGCAGUUAAAGGAGGUACUCCUACCGAUAAUGCAGAACUUUUAAUUCGGCUGCUCUCUAAUGAAUAUGAAGGACCGAUUUUAGAUUUCGUGCUUUUAAAUUCUUCUGCUGCAUUGGUUGUUUCUGGACUAGCAAAAGAUUUUAAGGACGGUGUAAGAGUAGCUCGUGAAAGUAUUUUAAGUGGUCGUGCUAAAAAUGCACUUGAGGAAUUCAAGAGACAAAUAAAGGACUGA